GUCUUCGCCGACGAGAUUCGCUUCUACCAGCUGGGUGAGGAGGCCAUGGAGCGCUUCCGCGAGGAUGAGGGCUUCAUCAAAGAGGAGGAGAAGCCCCUGCCCCGCAAUGAGUUCCAGCGCCAGGUCUGGCUCAUCUUUGAGUAUCCUGAGAGUUCCAGCUCGGCCCGGGCCAUCGCCAUUGUUUCCGUGCUGGUCAUCCUCAUCUCCAUCAUCACCUUCUGCCUGGAGACCCUGCCAGAAUUCAGGGACGAGAGGGAGAUGCCUGUGCCCCUGCCCCCACAAAGCGUAGGUUUGAAUGGCACGAUUGGGGACUCCUCACCCAUGCAGCCACCCAGUAGCCUCGCUGACCCGUUCUUCAUCAUCGAGACCACCUGUGUGAUCUGGUUCACCUUUGAGCUCCUUGUCCGCUUUUUCGCCUGCCCCAGCAAGCCUGAGUUCUCCCGCAACAUCAUGAACAUCAUUGACAUUGUGGCCAUCAUCCCCUACUUCAUCACCCUGGGCACUGAGCUGGCCCAUGAGCAGCAGCAGCCUGGGGCUGGCAGUAGCAAUGGAGGUGGGGGCCAGCAGCAAGCCAUGUCCCUGGCCAUCCUCAGAGUCAUUCGUCUAGUUAGAGUCUUCAGGAUCUUCAAGCUCUCCAGGCACUCCAAGGGUCUGCAGAUCUUGGGACAGACUUUGAAAGCCAGCAUGCGGGAGCUUGGCCUCCUCAUCUUCUUCCUCUUCAUUGGGGUCAUCCUCUUCUCCAGUGCUGUCUACUUUGCUGAGGCCGAUGACCCCGAGUCUCAUUUCUCCAGCAUCCCUGAUGCUUUCUGGUGGGCAGUGGUAACCAUGACCACUGUAGGCUAUGGAGACAUGCGACCUGUCACUGUUGGGGGCAAGAUUGUGGGUUCCUUGUGUGCCAUCGCGGGUGUGCUCACCAUCGCCCUGCCUGUCCCUGUCAUCGUAUCCAACUUCAACUACUUCUACCACCGAGAGACUGAUCAUGAAGAGCAAGCUGUCCUCAAAGAUGAACACAGUAGUGCUCAGAGCAGUACAGCGGGGGGAGAUGCGAAGAGAAGAUCCAGUAGAAACUCUCUGAACAAAUCUGUUGUGCACUUGGAAAACAGUGAGGGGUUCAACAAUGAUUCUAGCUCCUUAGAGAAAACGAAUAUCAAAGCAAAAAGUAAUGUAGACCUCAGAAAAUCCCUCUAUGCUCUCUGUCUGGACACCAAUAGGGAAACAGACCUGUAA